UGUAUGCUCCAGCGAUAUAUGUACCGUCAAGUGCGAUAACCUAACGGUGUACUCGAUAAAGUAACUAUUUUGAGAAAUAAACUUACUGUUCACAUUAGUAAUUUUACUCAAUCAAGUCCAAUAUUUCUACUGUUCAAUGUGCGAUUAAAUUAGCGACAUAAUAGUAAAUCCACUGCUGUAUACAGUAUCUAUACCGUUCAGAGGGGAGGGGGGUAGUUGCGGAUCCACUUGAACACUUGAACAUACCGGAAAUUUGAAUGCCGCGCCAACAGCUGUCCUCGGAACGAGCGCCAAUGGCCACCGAAGGCGCAAAUUGAAAGCCAACACUACCAACUGUGAAAGCAAUGCCUACAUAUUGCCAUCAACAGCGUUCAUAUUUGAUCUUCAUCGCUCGUUAAUUCUUCUGAAAUUGUCAUAUUUUCCAAUUUUUUAAGUGAGAGGUGGUUUGCAGAUGGUUAACUCCUAAAAGUCCUUACGUUUGAAAAGUAAAGAAAACAUAUUCAUCUUUCAGUUGUGCCGAUUUUUCAUUUCAUAAUAUGACACUCCUGAUUCUCAUGGAAAUUUCUAGGUUACCGUAAUUUUCUGCAAAUCUGCAUGCGAUUUUGCAAGUUAAGUUGUGCUCCAUACGCGAAAAAACUUAUCCAAAAAAAAAAAAUAGUUGUGCGAGUUGUGCCGAUUUCAUUGUGAUUACAUUUCUCUGUCCAAAUUCAUGUUCAUGUGAGAUCUUCUCGGGCGAUGGCACUUCUACAGUUGUUGAACACGUGGGAGUUCGAAGACCUUCAUGAAACUUUAAUAGAAAUGGCUUUUCAUCCAGAAGGAAACGUAGAGGAAGAACUACGCCUUAUGCAACAGGAACAGCUUCAAGAAAGGCAGCAACAGUACAUUAUUCUUGAACAGCAGCAACAACAGAUGCUCCUACAGCAUGAACAAAUCAUGGAGCAACAGCGGGUGAUACAAGGCCACCGACUGGCCCUAGUGCCCUCGGAAGCAGUGCAACUGCAAAACUUCCGUCACACACCUUCUGCUCGAAAAGAAAAAGUGUCCCAGCGAAAGAACAAUACGCAGAUUUUACAAGGAAAGUUAUUUUAUAUCCUCGAGUAAAUGUUCCUAUUUUUCUGGUCAUUGUCUUGAUAGCGACAGUGUGACACUCAAUAAUAGAACUUUCAAUGGGCCUGUUGCAAACUUUUGCUAGAGUAAGAUUAAGAGCUGCUUCUAUGAAUAAAUGUCUCAAAAAUCAC